AUGAGUAGCUAACUAAAUUAAUAAUCAAAUUCUUAAAAGCCUUUAAGAUAACCACCUCUUCCAAGAUUAAAACCAACAGAACAAUUAGAUCCACAUCCACAAUAAGUUAAUGUCUUUGAUCCAUUAAAAUAUGUUAAACCUGGACUUAAUAAGGAAGAUGUCAUAAAAAUCAAAGAGUGUUUUGAUAUUUUUGAUGAUGAUAAAAGUGGUGCUAUUUCGUAACAAAUAUGACAUAUUAUCUCUGUAUAGACCUAAUGAAUUGAAAAAUGCGAUUGUUGCUUUAGGUAUGGAACAAAGUAUAGAGGAUAUUGUUAAUAUGAUUCAAGAUCUUGAUUAAGAUGGAUCAAGAUAAGUUGAUUUUGAAGAGUUUUUAUAGAUAUUUGGAUUUUAAGGGUAUAUAUAAAUAUUAAUCUAAAGUUCAAUAGAGGAUGAGGAAGUAUUAACAGAUUUAUAUAAAUAAUUUGAUUCAUCAAAAGAAGGUAAAAUUACUUAUGAAGAUUUCAAAAGAAUUAAUGAAUUAGUUUCUGAAAGAUAUACUGAUUAGGAAUUAAGAGAAAUGGUUUAAUAUGCUGAUUUAAAUAAUGAUGGUACUUUAAAUUGGGAUGAAUUCAAAAUUGUUAUACAGAAAGAGAAUUCUAAUAAUAAAAAAUGA